AUGGGCAAUCUCUGCUAAAGAAGGAAAAAACAAGCAAAAGAAAUCGAAAAAGAUUGUAAGCUAAUUGAAGAAACAUCAUAAUAAACAUAAUCCUAGGAAUAAGAAGGUUAAGAAUAAGUAAUAAGUGGCAAUGGAAAGCAGAAAGUUAGAAUUGCUUUGGUUGGCUCUCAAGGAGUUGGGAAAUCUACAGUUUUUGAAAAGAUUUCAUUUUAGAGUAAAUCAACUAAAAAAUUAAACUCUAAGGUGACUUAAGAAAUAGGUUAGCAUGAGGAAAUAGAAAUAGUAUGUUGGACAAUUAGCGAAGAAGAUUAGCAUACAACAAUGAAUGAAAAAUUGCUCAAAAACUUUGAUGCAAUUGCAUUCGUUGUAGAUAGGACAAGAAAAGAUAAAUUAAGAAGUGAUGGACUGUUGAUGAGAUAAUUCAUCAGUUCACCCGGUAUGUUAGAAUUACCUCUCCUUAUCCUUAUAAAUAAAUCUGAUAAAGAAGGAGUAGGAUUUUGGGAGGUUAACUAAGAAAUAGGUCUUUAGUAUAUUUAGCAAAGAGAAAUACAUAUUUAAAAUUGUUCCGCCUAAAAGAAUGAAGGAGUAGAUAUUGGUCUUAAUAAAAUUAUACAAUUUGUGGAAGCUUUAAGAAAUAAAAAAGCUCAAUAAGCAAAAUGA